GCAAUCAACGACUGGCGGCGCUGCCCGCGCGGACCACGCGAGCACACGGCCAGCAGCAUUGGCUCCGGACGCUCCCUGCGAACGCUACCCACGCGUUUGGCGGCGCGCGAAGCUGCCCCGAGCACAAAACAAAGGCUGCCCAAGCCAACGCCAUCGCCGCGGCGCCACGACAAAGACCACGACAAAAGAUGGACCGCCCGCCGCCCCCAAGCCUCACGGACCACGACGCCGACGGCCUCGUCUUCAACAGCAGUUUUGACCACGCCAAUUUGAAGCAUGCCGAAAGAGCCAGGGACGGCGCGUGGGACCUGACGAUGGCGAAGGACGCCGAAAAUACGAGCAACGAAAAGCGGAGCAGCACGUGGUUCUACUUUCGAGUUAGAGAUGAGAGAGAAGGCCCGAAGCGACAAGCUAGAUUCAGAUUUGCGGGCAUGGCGCGCCAGGGCCAACUCUAUAAACACGGUCAUCGGCCCGUGGUGCGUCGCAUGAAGGACAAACAACAAUUAGGUAAUGAGAAGUGCUGGUCUACACUAACAGGAAGUGGCGGCUGGAAGCGGCUGAACAACUGCAGUUAUCGGGACCAAGGUGAUAGAACCGGCGAUUUACAAUUUGAUUAUUUGUUUGGAGAGAAGGGCGACGAGGUCGAGUUCGCCUUCUGCUUCCCCUAUGCCUACGAAGAAUCGCUAGCGACGCAUCGCGAGGUGCUGAAGCGGGUUACUGGCGAUAUUGUGGUGUACAACGAGUUACUGUGCUUCUCGGCGGAAGGGCGGAGAAUCGAGAUGCUGACCGUCACCGAUAAUCACGGUGCCGAUAAGCGAGAAGAAGACCUGUUGUACGACCACGCUGAUGUAGCUUCUACUUCCCACUUAUUCCCGGAAGUGCGGGACGGCACGGCAACAAGGCCACCGAGGUAUCCAGAGAAAGCCGAGGUCAUUAUCAGUGCGAGGGUGCACCCCGGCGAGACGCCGGCGUCGUUCGUACUAGAUGGACUCCUAGAGUUGUUAUUGAGGCCGGACGACCGACGGGCGAAGGUACUGCGACGGAAUUAUGUGUUCCGGUUCAUCCCGCAACUCAACCCGGACGGUGUCCAUCGUGGGCAUUAUAGACAUGAUAGUUACGGCGUGAAUCUGAACCGGGUCUACUGGCCCUCGCCAGAUUCUGAAAAAGCCCCGGCGCAAGCGGCUCUGAUGGUGCUGGCCAAGGCCGCAUCCACGCGACCCAAGGGCCUGGCGCUCUUCGUGGAUUUACAUGCUCACGCGUCGAAGCGGGGCGUGUUUAUCUACGGCAACCACCUGGAAGAUACCGAACAACAUAUAGAGAACCGCCUCUACGCUCUACUACUCUCAGUAAACUCGUCGCACUUCGAUUAUCAUGCGUGCAACUUUAGCAAAGAGCACAUGUUACGGUGCGACGGUCCCAGUGCAGCCACGCCGGGGGCAAGUGCGGAAGGGUCCGCGCGCGUCGCCUGCAUGCGUUAUACGGGUCUAGCAAGGGCCUACACGUUGGAGUGCAACUACAACUGCGGGCGGUUGACAAAUAAUGUGCCCAAAGCUUCCGGCGAAGGAGCACAACGAGGCGCCUCGCCGGAACGACCCGCGACCAUAACCCCGGAGCCGUUCACGCCCGACUCCUGGCGGGAAGUUGGAAGGGCAUUAGGUGCAUCACUCUUAGAUGUCGCGGGCACGAACCCCUGGGACCGGGUCAAGCAGUCGCGCUACAAGAACGUGCAAUUGGCCAGACGGUUCAUCGAAGAUCAGACGGUGCGCAAAAGGGCCGGCGCCGUCGCCUUAGCUGUUCAUUCCGUGGCGCGCAUGUCGUCGCUGCGAACGCGCAAGGCGGCGCGCGAGUCGACGUCCACCGAGGACAUCCGCAAAUUGGCGGCCGACGCGCGGCGUGCCGUCGCCGCCGCCCGUCCCAAAGAGAAGGAGGAGGUCACGUUGCCGCGGCUCCCGAUCACAAAACGGGGCCGCAAGGCGACCUCCAAGGUCCGGGCCGCUUUGCGGAUGAACGCCGCGAACGUCGGGCGGGCUACUUUUGUGGCUUCUAGAAGUCGAUAACAGUUACAGUUACUCU